CAACAAUGUGUUGACGUUGAGGGGGCUAUUUUAAAAUGGCGACGUCCAUGGCAGACAGAACCGCUGGGAAGAGCAAAGCUUCACAAGACCAUCUUCUGGAGAUCCCUCUGGGAUGGGAAGAGCCAAAGUUUACAGCAGAAGACAAUCCAAAUGGUGUACUAGAGGAAAGCUCAUUCGCUACGCUGUUCCCAAAAUACAGGGAGAAAUAUCUCAGAGAAUGCUGGCCGCUGGUUGAAAAAGCCCUGAAAGAUUACCAUCUCAAAGCUUCUUUAGAUGUCAUCGAGGGAAGCAUGUCUGUUACGACAACUCGCAAGACAUGGGACCCCUUUAUACUCAUCAAGGCACGGGACAUGAUCAAACUUCUCGCUCGCAGCGUUCCUUAUGAACAGGCUGUUCGGGUGUUAGAAGACGGCAUUUCAGCCGAGGUCAUCAAAAUCGGUCGCAUGGUACGCAACCAAGAGAGAUUCGUCAAACGCCGACAGCGUCUGAUUGGCCCAAAUGGCUCAACACUCAAAGCCGUUGAGCUACUGACAAAGUGUUACAUCAUGGUUCAGGGGAACACAGUGUCUGCGGUAGGUCCGUAUAAAGGACUCAGAGACGUGUAUAAGAUCGUCAUAGACACUAUGAAAAAUGUUCAUCCAGUUUACAACAUCAAGACGCUGAUGAUCAAACGAGAACUGAUGAAGGAUGAGAAGCUUAAACAUGAGUCUUGGGAUCGUUUCCUCCCACAAUUCAAAUCCAAGAACCUCAAGAAACGGAAACAACCGAAGAAGAUCCGUAAGAAGAAGGAAUACACUCCGUUCCCUCCUACCCAACCUGAGAGUAAGGUUGACAGGGAGCUGGCAACCGGAGAAUACUUCUUGAAGGAAAGCCAGAAGAAAGCUCGGGCAAGGGAACAGAAGAAGGUGAAACAUGCUGAAGCCGAAACGAAACGCAAGGAGAAACGAAACCAGUCGUUUGUCCCACCCAAGGAACCCUCGGUGACAAAACCCAAGACACAUCCCAAAGCAGACACCCAGAUUGAUAUGAAGGCACUGAAAGCUAAGAUCAAGAAAUCACAGAAAACACCAUUUCGAAAGCCAGAGGAAGUGCCUAAACCAAAGUCAACGAGGCCGGAAAGAAAAACAAAGAAAGGGGUGAAGAGGAAGCAGAAACCGUAAUUUUCGACCUCCCCCCCCCCCCCUCGCCACCCAAAACAUCACCCCCCCCCAAACAUAUUGUCAGAGCCCUGUUCCGUCAAACCUCAAAAACAAAACUUGGAAUUUAGAAAUUUCAACGACGAGCUACUUCUCUUUUCCAGCCUCAGUUUCGAUGGAGAGAAAAAGAGGAACACAUCUUCCUCUUGACAAAGCUAUGCUUAAAAAUUUUCUUCCUUUUUAAAACCAUUUGUUCUACAAAUUCAGUGACUGUCCCAAAUUUUAAAUGUCGUACAGAAAGUACAUUGGGCUACUUUUUUUAAGACUUGCCUCCAAAACUGUACUUAUCAAUUUUGUUGUUGUGUACGUUCAUAGUAACCCCCCUUAAGUAACAACAAUCAAUUCGAAUGCCUGUUAGAUUUUUCGGCUAUUUUUGGUUUUCAAUUAAUGUGUCCCCGCUGUUCAUUCCAACUUUAUAAACAUGAGCAUUUAUAAAGGAAACAUUUAAAUCAUACACAACUUCCAACUCCCUGUACUCUCUGCACGACUGUGAAAAUGUUGAACAAAUUUCGACAGCCCUAAAAUAAAUCAAAGAAACUUGCACAGAAGUUCAUCUUCAACACCAGUGUUAACUUAUUUAUUCACUGUUCUGUAAUCACUCUGUAAUUUUAAAUAAAGUUCUGUACAAAUAAUGAGUGGACUGAUCGAGAGGUUUUAUUUCAAAGAACAUUUGUUAUUUUGUUAUUUUCAGAUUUUUGUUAAAGAUACCAAAAACGAUUCAUGUCCUCGACAAGAACGCUUUAGAGUUCUAACCUUUGGGAACCAUUGAUGUUCCUUUUGGAAAACUUUGUGCAGCCAAGCGGGGCGUUCAAUUAAGACAUGUUUCCAGUAUUUGAAGGCUUCAACAGACCUGGAAUUACAUGGAGGUGAUGGCCUCUGUUGCCCUGCUCUUGGCUGUGGUGCCCCUUCAAAAGUUUCUGACACUUUUAAGAUUUGCUCUUUGCAGAAUGAAAAUGGCCUUGCCCUCUCCACGAUGAAAUUCCAGGCCUGCUUCACCAAGCAAACACCUUUCAGAACAUUUUUUUUUUUCCCAAUCGGAAUGAAACUUUUCAAAGUUCCGUGCUGCCCCAGAAGUAGGAGCAACCAAC